CGCAUCCCACCCCAGGCCCCCGCCGCCGGCGGGGCAGGCAGACAAAAGCGGCCGGCGGGUCCGGCUCCGGCCCCCAGCCCCGCUCCGCGCGGGCCGGUUGCUGCCGUGGGUUACUUGUUUUGGGGGCUUUUAUUAAAAGUUCAGGGGUUGUGGGUUGGGGUUUUUUGGCGGUAGGGAAGUGGUGCUUCCCGCUUCCCUCCCCCCUCCCCUUUAUCCCGUAGCACGGUGGAGUUUGGCUGGUGGUGCUGGAGCACGGCCUCAAAGUGCGCUCCCUCUGCGGGAAAGGGAGGGGGAACUCCCCUCCCCCCGUCCCUCCGCUUGUUUCAGGGGUCCCCUCCCACCCCGCAAGAACCGGGGGCAUCGACUGCAUGUGUGGCCCCCCCGCCGCCCGGUGCAGCCGGAGCGGGACGAAGCGUGGCCGGGAGGCGCCGCUCCCCCUCCCCGGCGCGGAGCCUGCAUGGCUCCCGGCGCGCUAGUUUGUGCCUGUUCCUGGCGAGGGCAGCGCUCGGCUGCUCCGCCUCGUGUUGCGAUGUUGCACGUCUCCCCUUGCCACUCAAUCUUCCGCUCGGCAGCCAUCAGGCGCCGCGCAGCGCGGCUCGGGCCGGCUGGGCGGGGGGGGGCACGGCACGGAUCCCCCGGCGGAGCUGCAGCCGCCGUUCUGCGGCGUGAAGCGCCCGGGCGGUGCGGAGUGGUGCCUGCCUUCGCCCGGUCCCUGGGAGCGGGGAGCUCCCGGUGCGGGGGGCAAAGCAGCUUAAAAUGCGCGGCGGCCGGCCUGGCUGCUCCGUGCCCCCCGGGGGACCCCCGCAGCCCCCGGCCCCCAAACGCGGCUCCGUGCGGGCAUUGCCAGGAAAGCACCCAGCUCGGAAAUUCGGGGCCGGUGCGCGCCUGGGAGAUACCCCAAAGCGUGCAGACCCCUGCAAAGGCAAGACAUCUGUAUAUUUGUGACUUCCACAAAAACUUAAUUCAGAGUGUGAGAAAUAGAAGGAAGAGGAAGGGCAGCGAUGAUGAUGGUGACUCACCGGUGCAAGACAUCGACACUCCAGAGGUUGAUUUAUAUCAGUUACAAGUAAACACACUUCGAAGGUACAAAAGACACUUCAAGCUACAGACCAGACCAGGACUCAACAAAGCACAGCUCGUUGAAAUAAUUGGCUGCCAUUUUAGGACAAUUCCAGUGAAUGAAAAGGAUACCUUAACAUAUUUCAUCUACUCGGUGAAGAAUGAUAAGAACAAACCAGAUCUAAAGAUGGAUAGUGGGGUUCACUAGACGGAAAAGGUUGGGACUGAGACUCAGGCUGCAAAUCAAAAGACUGAGGUUUUGUGGAUAUGCAAAAGCUUUCUUUGUAACUUUUUCUCCCCGGAGAGUUUGUCUCUUAUUUUUCAUAACCUUGCUGAUUUGUUUGAAAACAAUCUCUUAUGAAACAAAUUGCCUCAGCAAAAGUAUUUUAAAUAAAUAUCACUGAUAUUGUUGCUCAA